AUGCGCAUCGACCCAGCGCGGGCGAAGCAGCUCGUCGAGAACUUGCAGCGUGUGACGCAGAGGGUGGAUGCCGUGCGAGGAGGAAGUGGGAGAAAGGUCCGCCUCAUAGCCGUCUCGAAACUCAAACCCGCCCGCGACAUCCUCGCCCUCCACCAACCACAAUCCCCUUCAACCCAACAACCGCACCACGACUUCGGCGAAAACUACACAGACGAACUCACGACCAAAGCCGCCCUCCUCCCGCACUCCAUCCGCUGGCACAUGAUCGGCGGCCUGCAAACGAACAAAUGCAAACCGCUCGCGGAGUCCGUGCCGAAUCUCUUCAGCGUCAGCAGCGUAGACACCGCGAAGAAAGCGGACGCGUUGGAGAAAGGACGGAAGGCGCUGGUGGAGAAGAGCGGGGAUGAAGUUGCGGAGGAGCAGAAGAGGUUGAGGGUCUUGGUGCAGGUCAACACCUCAGGCGAAGAGUCGAAAUCCGGCGUGGAGCCGCACGAGACCACGGCGUUGUGUAGACAUAUCCGCGAGAAGUGUCCGACGUUGCGGCUUGGGGGGUUGAUGACGAUUGGGGCGAUUGCAAGGAGUAGAGAGUCGAGUUCGCCGGAUGCGUUGAAUGAGGAUUUUGUGACGCUUAGGGAGACGAGGGAUCGGGUCGCGGGGGAGUUGGGCGUGGAGAGGGAGGAGUUGGAGUUGAGUAUGGGGAUGAGUUCGGAUUUUGAGGCGGCGAUUGCGCAGGGGAGUGAUGAGGUGAGGGUUGGGACGACGAUUCUUGGGGAGAGGCCCGCGAAGAAGGAUGCGAAGAUACAGUGA